ACUAAAAAUGGUUUGAAAUUCUCAUACUCCUCUCAGCAAAGCCCUGCUGAUUGAUACAAUAAACCACUGCUAAAGCAGCAUUAACAAUAGUGGACCAUUUUGGAUAUUAUCUGUGUGUAGAAAGACACAGAGUUUGACUCUGUUUGGAAAAUCAGAUGCUAAAUAGCUCUUGAAACCGGGUAGCUCGUUAUGAAAACAGAGGGAUGGUAGGCCCUUCUAAUUGGCCAGAGUAUUUACCCAGAGGUCUGGCUUUCACAUAAAAGGCAGGAGGAACCACUGGAGUCAGUCCCCGCUUCCAGUAAGAGUUCAAGUUAAAACAGAAAAAAGGAAGAUGGCAAGAAUAUUGUUACUUUUCCUCCCGGGUCUUGUGGCUGUAUGUGCUGUGCAUGGAAUAUUUAUGGACCGUCUAGCUUCCAAGAAGCUCUGUGCAGAUGAUGAGUGUGUCUAUACUAUUUCUCUGGCUAGAGCUCAAGAAGAUUAUAAUGCCCCGGACUGUAGAUUCAUUAAUGUUAAAAAAGGACAGCAGAUCUAUGUGUACUCAAAGCUGGUAAAAGAAAACGAAGCUGGAGAAUUUUGGGCUGGCAGUGUUUAUGGCGAUGGCCAGGACGAGAUGGGAGUCGUGGGUUAUUUCCCCAGCAACUUGGUCAAGGAGCAGCGUGUGUACCAGGAAGCUACCAAGGAAGUUCCCACCACGGAUAUUGACUUCUUCUGCGAGUAAUACACUGGUUAAAACUGCAAAUAGAAAGAAAACACCAAAAAUAAAGAAAAGAGCAAAAGUGACCAAAAAAUGCAUGUCUGUAAUUUCUGACUGACAUUUUAAGGAUCUGUUACCUUACAGAAGAGCGAGGGCUUAGGGUUUGGAGGUGGCAGAUAAAAGAGGAUUUUCAACUCAAAACUUGUUUCCUGCUGGCCUGGUCUUCCCACGAGCUAGAGUGGGGAAAUGUUGAGCUCAAAUGGGUAAAUUGAGACCAGAAAAAUAUUUUUUUCAACCUAGAGAAUCUCCUCUUACAGGGGGAUGCAUAUAAAAGAUCAUGUAUGUGUAGUUAUUUCUAAGUAGUGAUUCUUCCCCAGCUCUUUGAUUUCCCAUAUAUAAAAUAGGUGGGUCAUGUUCCCUUUAGACAUGACGUUUUCUACUCAUUUGUCUUUCUGGCCAAUUGGAUUAUUAAUAAAGGGGCUGUUUUAUCAA